GUGGUAGUUGAAGUGUAUAGCGGGUAAUAGAGGCAGUAGAGGCAACGAUGCAUCGUGGUUUAUAUAAAUCAAAAUUUCACGAGAUUGUAUGUGCUUACAUACUUUAAAAGUUUUUUAUUUUUUCACCGUUAAAUAUGUUAAGAGAGUCAGUAUAAAGAGAUAUAUUACCGUUCUAAUACUGUCUCAAUUUGUGCUGCACAAAAGAGAAUAAAUAAAAUCUAAAAUAAAAAAAAAAUAUAUAUACAACAGGAUAAAAAAUGAGUUAAAAAAAUUUCCGGAUGGAAAAAAUUUAAAGAGAGAUAAAUUAUGUUGAUGAAUGGACUGGAGUUAUUUACUGCGGCUAUUUUACUUGCCAGCAUUACUUCCGUGUGAUAUAUAAAUUAGUAAUUGCUCAAUGAAGCCAUUAUUGCCGUACGUAUGGUUGAUUAUUAAUUAUAAUUAUUUACAUGCUAUUACAUGUAGAGUAUUUAUUUCAUCGGUAUUCAACAGACUGAAAUAUUUAUAUUCAAUUGAAUGUAUGAUAAUCGAUAACUACUCGAUGGUACUUGCACAGACGGCUGAUGAUGAUGAUGAAGAAAAAAAGUGUUUGGGUAGAUGGAAAAAUUUAAUUACGGGAAAAGAAUAUUUCGAUGCAGCCACUCAGGCUUCGACACAACACCGCAGUAGUGUGCGUAAAAAUAUUCUUACUGCAGACCAAGUUACACAGACUCAAAGUUUGACAGCUUGUAAAUACACUUGUUUGUUUUAUGAUAAAAUAAUCCAAACUUCAAUCCUCCCGGAUUUGAAUGAUAAACUUCUGACGCCUUCAUCCGCGGCGCGAAACCGUAUGUCGACGGAAUUACAUCGUUUGAAAGCUAAAGAAUUAUUUUCAACUCGUAAUUAUUCAAAACUAGAAGAAGAGAGCGCCAUAAAAAUUCAAAAAUUUUUUCGAGCAUGUCGAACACGAACAGAGAUGUCAUCUCUCGCACGUUUUGCGAUUCUAACUCGAACGCAACCGCCUGUAAAAGAGAAGUUAGUGAGAUUGAACCAGGAUAAGCGGUUCGAGAUAGUGGAGCGACGAACACCACGUACUUGCUCUGAUUUUGAGAUGCUACAUAACAUGCUGGACCGAUGGAGAGUAUUGGAAAGUGAGCAGGUUGAUCGUGUGCUUUUCGAAAAUUCCCGGAUGGCCGCUAAGUCCGUGAUCCUAUUGAAGGAGAUAGAGUUGCUGCGUUCCAUCGAGUUAUCUAAAUCUAAAGUUCGCAAGGAGCUGAAAGAACGACGAAAUCUUGAGUUCUUGGAUAAAUUGGCUAAGCUUGAGUGCUGGAGGACUCGAGAUGGAAAAUUGAUAAAGGUGGAAACCCAGAGAGUUGCACGGGCACGAGAGUGCAGAUCCUUGUACUUUGCAUUGAUGCAAGUUGAUGAUACUGCUAUUACUGGUACUAGUGCUGGUGUUAAGGGUAACACUUCUUCUGCUGUUGGAGUUGGAAGAAUUGACACGCUCGAGAGCAUCAAGAAGCUCAUUUACGGGCAUACUUGUCAACCUGCCAGAGAGCUAGAGUAUCUUGUAGACCAGGAGAUUGAAUUUACUCGGCGAAAUUUCGACUCGGGUAUAAUGAAUCAAUUGAAAAAUCGAAUCAAAUUGGCCUUUUUAAAGUUUACUGCUCUCUACUGUCAAGCGGAAAGUAAUUUCAAGCACCACAGCAGAGAUAUCAUGACUUUUUGUCGUCGAUGUGGCAAAUUAUUACCAAUAAGUGAAUUAAAUGAAGACGAGCCCAGUCUUCCGACAUGCAGCAGUUGUAUAUCGAUACGUCCGAGCAAAAAUCCAAGGAUACUUUACGAGCCGUACGAACAGAUGCUCAAGGAUUUACGUAAAUCCGAAGCUCAGAUGGGCUUAUUUGACGGUCUGGCUUUUCAUAUUGACCCGCGGGUGCUCCAUCAGCUUGUCAAUUACAUCUGGCACGGAAAAUCUGGGAUCUCCGAGUUCGAUGAUCUCUUCCAAUUACGGCUGCUGCGUUUUCGGCUGGAUGUCGAAUGGUCCCCGUGGAAUUCAAUUCUUCUGACGAAGCGGGAAGCCGCUGUGCACCAGGCAAUGUCCAAUCCUUGGGACCUGUACGAGUCGAGCCUGGUACAAAAAUUUGUGCUCAGAAAUCUGCAAGCUAAAUUAUAUUUUAGUUACUUGGUUAAAUAAUUUUACAUUUAAUAUUUUAUUAGUCCCCUUG